AUGGUUAGGAUCAAGAGGAUGUUAAGCGUCUGUGUCAAGUUCAAUCCGGUGCAAUUUGACCUGGCAUCUCUCUCGUCAAGGCACAAAUCAAAGAACCCGACUAGGGAGUCAGUCACCGGACGCUAUUGUUCACCCACGUUUAUCAGUGAUUCGUCUCUUCUACCCGAAGGAAAUUAUUCUAUCACUGCAAAGCGCUACGAACGCCUUGUUCAAAAAUCACUUGUCGCCGGUUGUCAAUGGUAUACAAUGUCUAGCCACGAAGCCUUCUACACGCCUACAUCAGAUAUCGCUCUACCAAAACCACCGCCUCUGCACACACGUCGACACCUCCAGUCUCACGGACUAAAAUACGACUCUUUGCGUGCACUAACUCUAACCCCCACUCCCGCUGGAACUGCUCUGUUAAUAUUUCACGAAUUAGAACGAGGCUCCAUAUCGUUCACAAUUCAGACAACGCUCGUUCCCGUGGGUACUGUUCGUACGUUGGGCUUGCGUCGGAGUCUAUCCGAGUGUCUCGACGUGACAUGCACAUCAUUCCCCGUGGCCCUACCGUUCCGACAUUUCGAAGGCUUUAUUUCGACAAACCUUGCGCUCGAGACUCGAUCGGCACAUCUUCUUGAGCCCCGCUCGUCUCUCUCCGCUCUUCGGGUGCCUUCGCCUACAUCACCUCAAUAA